CCGGUCGGCCUACUGCUUACGAUGCCGUUCCUCCACCGCGUCGGGUUCUCUUCUGUCAGAUUGGCUCGCAACGGCCGGGUCUCCAUGCAGCGCCGCUUGGCACACGACGAGCGGUCCAUGUACGACGCCUUUCCCUUCACCUAUCACAAUCGCAGAAAGGCGUUCGCAGUCAAGUACGUCGUGUUCGUAGGAACAGGAUUCUCCAUUCCGUUCAUCGCGAGCUGGUACCAGAUAAGGAAGUCCGGCGGUACUGCUGCAUAAGGUGUCGAUAUUUCACAUCAAGAGCAGAACGAAUGGCUCCACGUACCGAUGAAAUCCGGAUGUAUACAUAUGAAGUUGUGCAAUGUAGUCGC